AUGGAGCUAGGAGGGGCUUUCACCAUCUUUCUGGCACUCUCCUUGUCUUGUCUACUCAUCCUCAUCGCCUGGAAACGGAACAACAAGGGGGGAAAGCUGCCCCCUGGGCCCACACCAAUACCCUUCCUGGGGAACGUGUUGCAAGUCCGUACUGAUGCCACUUUUCAGUCUUUCAUGAAGCUCAAGGAGAAGUAUGGUCCAGUCUUCACUGUGUACAUGGGUCCCCGGCCAGUAGUUGUUUUAUGUGGACAUGAGGCAGUGAAAGAGGCCCUGGUAGACCGGGCAGAUGAGUUCAGUGGCCGCGGAGAACUGGCUUCGAUAGAGCGAAACUUCCAAGGUCAUGGUGUAGCUCUGGCUAAUGGAGAACGAUGGAGGAUCCUCCGACGCUUCUCCCUGACCAUUCUUCGGGACUUCGGAAUGGGGAAGCGGAGCAUUGAGGAGCGGAUCCAGGAAGAGGCUGGCUUUUUACUAGAGGAAUUACGGAAGACCAAGGGUUCUCCCAUCGAACCCACCUUCUUCCUGAGCCGCACUGUCUCCAACGUCAUCAGUUCUGUCGUCUUUGGAAGCCGCUUUGACUAUGAAGACCAGCAGUUCCUGAAGCUGCUGCAGAUGAUCAAUGAGAGUUUCAUUGAGAUGAGCACACCCUGGGCACAGCUGUAUGACAUGUAUUCCGGGAUCAUGCAGUACUUGCCAGGAAGACACAAUCGCAUCUACUACUUGGUAGAAGAGCUCAAGGACUUCAUUGCCUCUAGGGUGAAGAUCAACGAAGCAUCUUUUGACCCACAAAACCCUCGGGACUUCAUUGACUGCUUCCUCAUCAAGAUGUACCAGGAUACAAAUAAUCCCCACACAGAAUUUAAUCUCAAGAAUUUGGUGCUGACCACACUCAACCUAUUCUUUGCUGGCACAGAGACUGUGAGCUCUACACUACGUUAUGGAUUGCUGCUAAUGAUGAAGUACCCUGAGGUGGAAGCCAAGAUCCAUGAAGAGAUUGACCAGGUGAUUGGACCACACCGGAUCCCAAGUGUGGAUGACAGAGUGAAGAUGCCCUACACGGAUGCUGUGAUCCAUGAGAUACAGAGACUGACAGAUAUCGUACCCAUGGGUGUCCCCCAUAAUGUCAUCCGGGACACUCAUUUCCGAGGCUACCUUCUGCCCAAGGGCACUGAUGUGUUCCCGCUGCUUGGCUCCGUUCUCAAAGACCCCAAAUACUUCCGCUAUCCGGAUGCCUUCUAUCCUCAACACUUCCUGGAUGAGCAGGGCCGCUUCAAGAAGAAUGAAGCCUUUGUACCUUUUUCCUCUGGAAAGCGCAUCUGCCUGGGCGAGGCCAUGGCUCGCAUGGAACUCUUUCUCUACUUUACGUCCAUCCUUCAGAACUUCUCUCUACACUCACUGGUGCCGCCCGCUGACAUCGAUAUCACACCCAGGGUCUCAGGUUUUGGCAAUAUCCCUCCAACCUACGAGCUCUGCCUCAAGGCCCGCUGAGUGCCCCCUACUGGGCGCGGAAGGAACCGUCGGAGACCAGAGCUCUGUCCAAGGAUACGAGUGCACCAGCUCACCUCCUCUAAUGUGGAGAGGCGCUCACUACAGCUUAAAUUCUCACAACAGCUCUAAGAGAAGGCACUGUUCCUACUGUCAUGGGACUGCAG